UAUUAUUUUGACAAUUGGAAAUAUUUAUUUUCAAGCUACUUGAUUUAUUUUGGUAAUUUUACAUAAAUAAAACUUUUUUUUACAAAUAAUUGUAAAAAAAACUAAUACAAUGGCCCCAGCGAUACCAGAUAGGUGGAAGGAUUACAAACCCGUUGGAGAGAAGAUAGAAGGCACGCGAUUCAUUGCUUUUAAAGUGCCGUUAAAAGAGCACGUUUCAAACCAUGUGGAGAGUGAAAUUCGCUUAGAUGGCAACAUACUUUUAAAACAGAUUCCAAAUUUGGGUCUUAUUAUAGAUCUAACUAAUACCCAUCGUUAUUAUGAUCCCAUCAUUUUUCAAAAGAAAGGUGUCAAACAUAUAAAAUUAAUGACACCAGGUAAGGAAACACCGCCUAAACGUCUGGCAGAUGAAUUUAAUAUGAUUGUUAAACACUUUAUUGAAAGUAAUACAGAUAAUGAUAAAUUGAUUGGUGUCCAUUGUACACAUGGUGUAAAUCGUACGGGUUAUUAUAUAUGCAACUAUAUGAUUUCACAUAUGACUAUCGAACCAAAGGACGCUUUGGAGAGAUUUUCGAAUGCACGUGGUCACAAAAUUGAAAGAAACAAUUACAUUGAUGAUUUGCACAAACUCCUAAAAACUAAUAUACAAAAUUCAACUAUCGACAAUUGGAGGGACAGAAAUCCACAAAGUUUUAAUCCAAACCAAAAUUCAACUAUCGACAAUUGGAAGGAUAGAAAUCCACAAAAUGUUAACCCAAACCAAAAUUCAACUAUCGACAAUUGGAGGGACAGAAAUCCACAAAAUGUUUACCCAAACAUGGACGAGCAAGCUGGAAGUUAUAAUCAAGGACAAAAUAGCUAUGGCAACGGAUAUGAUAAUUAUAGAAGAUCACCAUCUCCACCACCCUUUUAUCGACGACCAGGCCCACAGUAUGACCCUUAUUGCCGACCACCAGCGCUUGCAGUACAAGGCGUAGGCCAAUUGAGAAGACCUACUGCUAAAUCCUAUCAGCCACCACGAUUAGAAAUAGAUUAUUAUAGUAUACGGCCCACGUAUAGUAGUAACCAACAUAAUAGACAUCGGCAGCGUAUUGCACACAAGCGCAACGACAAGCCUAAUGAUUGUACAAAGUGAUGCAAAAUUAUUGGAUUCUUGUCUAAAACUUAACAAGAUGUAAAAUAACUAUUUACAUACAUACAUACAUACAUAUUUAUAUGUGUAAAAUGAAAUUAAACCAUUAUUUAGCUAUGAUCAUGUUUUGAGUUUCUUUUUUUUUGGAUUCAUAUUUAAUUUAAAAUUUUGUUCUUAAUUUUAAAAGUGACGGCAAUUUCUAUUUUUAAAUAAAUUGUAACAAGUUUACUUUAUAAAAAGUAA